AUGGAAAAUCACCCAGUGCUACACUUCAUCUCUCUGGCCGGGCCGCAGAUGGGAGUCUAUGGCACCACUUGGCUCGAAUCGGCGCAGCCCUUCCUCGAGAAGAGUUUACCCAUCCCUGCGCUGCCACAAUUCAUCCCGAGCUCCAUUAUGUCCAUUGGCGCCGGUGUGUUGGCCGGGAAUUUCCAUACUCUUGCAUAUGGCUCGCUUCAGAACUCCACGUCGUUGGCCAACCUCUGGCAUGAUCCGCUUCACGAACAUGAGUAUUUGAAAGGAAACGUUUUUCUGCCCCGCGCCAAUGGAGAAGGAGGAGCCGAGGCGGGCCGCGCCAACUUUGUGCGUCUUCGGCGUGCUGUGUUCCUCGUGGGCUCCUUUGAGCGCGACUUUGACUCUCGCUUGGGCUUGGAACCAUGGCAGACAGGCAUCUUCGGCUUCUACAAAAGCGGUUCUGCAACGGACAUCUUGCCAAUGGAAAAGCAAGAGUUGUAUCUAAAGGACGCCUUUGGCCUGCGCACCCUGCACGAGACUGGCAGAUUGCAUCUGAAAGCCGUGCCAGGCGUUGAGCACGGACAAUGGCUCACAUCAGAGAAGAUUUUCAAGAGCCAUGUUCUUCCGCACCUCGCAUGA